GUACAGCAUCGAACAGUGCCCGAGCUGGUACUGGAUGACGCUGGCGAGGGGUGGGGAGGGGUUCCUGGCGUGGAGGGACCCUGCUCUCUGGCGGGAGCUGGAGAGGAUAGGGUACGUCGUGGAGAACAUCCCGGCGUACCUGCGCGGUGACCCCCCGCGCAUGGCCGACCCCGAGCUGAUUUCGCGCAUCAAUCGAUAUGCGCGCGAAAUCCACGGCCACUCCCUCCUCACCCCGGACGGUCAUGUCGCCGCCGCUUCUUUCUCCGCCGCUGAAGCAGAAACGCGGCCCUCCACCCCAAGCCCCGAAGACGGCUUCCCAGAAUUCGGGCCCUUCAGCCGCAAGGGAAUUCAGUAUUUCGCCAACCUGGGCUUCAAGCCCAACGAAGAAACCUCCACCCAGCGCGCGAUCGGCCAGGCCCGAGGGCGGAAGGGGGCCCAAUUCAAGGCGUCCCAGACAGCCAGCAAACCCAGCGACCACGUCUUCAAGAAGCCGGCUCUUCCUGCCCACCGCGCAGCACUCGAUCCCCAGGGCCGCAAGAGAGCCGACGACGACGACGUCCAAGAGAUCAGCCCACCGCCCAUCCCUCCUACCCAACGCGCGACGCUUGAUCGCCGGGCUCGCAUCAGGGCCUACGGCGACGACGUUGAAGAGAUUCGCCCACCGCCUGCCCCUCGUCCUCAGCACGCGACACUUGAUCCCCGAAGCCGCAGCCUUCAAGGGUUCGGCCCACCGUCUGUCCUUCCUACCCACCGCGCGCCACUUGAUCUCCGGGGCCGUAAGAGAGCGUACGAUGACGACGUCCAAGAAAUCAGCGCACCGCUUCCUCACAAGAUCCUUCGCACCUCCAACCGUGAGGUCAUCGACGCCCCAAGUGCUCGACGAAGCGACGAAAGCAUCCAACGUGUCCAUGAGACCCUUCGUGCCACCAACCUUGAAGUCAUCGACGCCCCAAGUGCUCGACGAAGCGGCGAGAGCAUCCAACGCGUCCAUAACAACCCGCUCAUUCGACGAAGCGGUGAAAGCGUCCAAAACAACCCGGCCGUGCUACCUUCCACAUUGCGCAACCUGCAGCCCGAGAUCGGUAUAUUCCAACGUCCAGCGCGCAGCGGCGAAAGCAUCCAACGCGCCCAUAACAACCCGGUUGUUAUCCCUUCCAUAGUGCGCAACCUGCAGCCCGAGUUCAGUACAGACCAACGUCCGGCUCUCACUGAGGACCCCCGCCUACUACUGCACGGCGACGACGUAGACCUAUGGUCUAGAGCUGGGCCACGAGGAUACUCGCAGCUUUAUGAGUCUGGCUAUGCCAAUACCUACAUGGAUAGCGAUAUGAGGAAAGGAGUCGACUUAUGGAGCUUCUACAAUCAGAAAGAGUUGGAGUACGAUUUAAGGUAUCGCUUUCAGAAAUAGGAACACAAGGGACGACGACGGAGAUGCCACAUACGGAGAGACUGAAUGUAUCAUACGACAAGGAGACUACAGAUUUAAACGUUGGAGCAAUGUGGUGGCAGACAGACUGACUCGAGGAGAGGUUGGUCGGAGAGCUACGCACUAAUGAUCGGGACGGUGGGAGCGGCGACACCUGCUUAUCUAUGGUUUAUGAAGGCAUCAGAUCGUACGAUAUACGGCUAUUGCUGAGUUUUCAUGUUUACGAGACGGGGGGAGAUGGACAGUGCCUCUCUUCGACAGGUGGCAGGUUCCCGAGGUCAUUAGUAGCUGCCGCAGCUUAGCGAAUUAUGUAAUCCAUGCCAG